AUGCGGAAGCACUUCCCAGAGGUUUUGAACGGCAUGAACCUCGUUGCCAUCGACACACUGCACCUCUUCCCGACCGCCCUGGAGUGCGCCAAGUUGGUUGAGGAGAAGUAUGCCAAGCAGGCCCUUUGGAAGCUGCCAAAGGGCAUCACGACGAAGGACGAGUUCAUCGCCAAGUAUGGAGACUGCGAGGAGCUGGACUCCGCCGACUUCGACUUCGUCAGCAAGGUGGAGCCUUUUCAGCGAGCUUUGGAGGAGUGCGAGAAGGACAUCUUGAUCACCGGCCGUCGAAUGGAUCAGGCUGCUCAGCGCAUCAAGCUGGAUGUCUGGGAGGAUCAGAAGCGCACUUUGAACCCAAUGGCGAACUUCAGCUGGCAGGAUAUCAUCGACUACGUGGACAAGGAGGGCGUCCCUGUGAACGCUGGCCACAAUUGGGCCUUCCGCUGCGACGCGCCGAUUGAGGCGACCAGCCGCCACUUGCCGGACCUUCCAUGGACCAAGGUUGAUCUUGGGAAGCCAUUCUGGCGCUGCACCGAGGCCGAGAUCAAGGGAGACCCUAAAGCUGCUAUCACUUACGUCUUCAAGUCCUUCGGCGACAUGCACACGACGGUCCCGGUGGAGCCCCACGAGUCUGAGCGUGCUGGCCGAUUCGUGCGACAGGCGAAGACGGAGUGCGGCAUCCACACUCGUACCACCUUCGCCGGUGCACCUCAUGGCGGAUCUCUGGUGGACCUCAUGGUCAAGGAUCCGGCCGACAUCAAGAGCCUCACUGCCAGCGCAGUGAAGACCAUCGAGCUGAACGAGCGUCAGGCCUGCGACGUGUUCUGCCUGCUCAGCGGCGCCUUCAGCCCUCUCACCGGCUUCAUGGAGGAGAGCGCCUACAACUCGGUCGUGAAGGACAUGCGUCUGCCCGAGAAGCAGCUCUUUGGCCUCCCGGUGACCUUCGAUUUGCCUGAGGUUGAUGGCAUCAACAAGGGUGACAAGCUGCUGCUGAAGUGGAAGGGACAGGAUGUGGCGGUGCUCGAGGCCUCGUCCAUCUGGAAGCCCAACAAGGUGGUGGAAGCAAAGGAGUGCUAUGGUACCAGCAGCCUGGAGCACCCGACCGUGGCUUCCUUGGUGCAGGAGAUUGGAAAGUACUACAUCGGCGGCAGGAUGCACGGCUUCGAGCUGCCCAAGUUUGGAUACACCACACAGACUCCUGCCGAGGUGCGUGCCACGUUGCCGGAGAACAAGCAGGUGGUCGCAUUCCAGAAUCGCAACCCGAUCCACCGUGCCCACUUCGAGCUUUUGAUUUGUGCUCAGAAGGACGUGAAGGACUCCAUUCUGCUUGUGCACCCCACCUGUGGCCCCACCCAGCCGGGUGACAUCGAUGGCCUGGUGCGAAUCCAGACCUAUGAGGCACUUAAGACGGAGACCGAGAAGGAGUACCCAAUGUUCAGAUGGGCCUACCUGCCUUACAGCAUGAAGAUGGCGGGACCUCGUGAGGCAAUCCAGCACAUGAUCAUUCGGAAGAACUACGGAGCCACUCAUUUCAUCAUCGGACGUGACAUGGCUGGCACCAAGAGCACCAUUGACGGAGAAGACUUCUACGGAGCUUACGAUGCGCAGGAGACGGGCAAGAAGUACUCCGCUGAGCUCGGUGUGACUGUGACCCAUUACGAGAACAUGGUCUACGUUGGCCCAGAGGAAGGCUACGUGCAGGACUGA